CAAGCCAUUCACGCCGUCGAUGUCCGUCAAUCUUCGCCCGUUGUGAAGUCGUUCAACACAAUACCGGUGCGACGGUGCCCAAUGCCUGUUUCUCUGAAUGUUUGUCAGAUCGAUUGGCGCAGUCAAGUCAUGCCUACGCCAUAGCUUCCGCUCGAACUCUUCGAACUCUCUCUAUCCCUUCCUUGGUCGUGCAAGCUCUAGCUCUCUGCCACGCUCGGCUCCUCCAAACGGAUUAGGCCAAUUAGCUUCCUGCCGCCCGAGGCGAAUAAAGCCAGAGACUAGCGAACAGAAUGCGACAGCGACGACCUCUGACGGCAUCGGACCUCCCAAGGCAAGUGGAGCUAACGAGCAUGGCCUUGAUCCCGAUCAAGGAGUGUCUGGCUUCGAAUCAUCUCCUCCAUCGAGCCUCUCCAGCGUGUGCGAGCGAGCUGUGAACGAGCUUCCUGGAGCAGCAGGGAGUUUGCCUGACAAUGAAACACAAAACCCCUCUGCAAAAGCUAUUCAAAUCUCCAAUAUGAGCGAUGACCCUGCUAGCGACUUGACCGAAACGUGGGGCACGUACUGGGCAUACGUGCAUGUCUUAUGGCGGACCGCCUUUCGCGAUAUUUGCUGGCCAGUCAAUGAUGACUAUGCUCAGGCUCGGAGAAAUCAUAAUAAGCAAAGGCUUGAAGCAGACGAAUUCAUAAAAAAUGAGCGCCCACCACAGCUGUCGACAGAGGAUAUGAAAGAGAAGUUUAUACCGCUUUUGAUAGGUGGCUUGUUACACUCUCCGAAGGCAACUUUGAUCAUAAUGAGAGCGAUGCACCAUCUUCUCGAGUAUUGUUGGAAGAUUCGCUGUGACUGCCUGAUCUACUUGCGUCGUUUUCACUGGGAAGAAAUUGACGAGAACGAAUCCCUCAAAAGGGAGUUCGAGAGACAAGUUGAACUGGCUUCGCGUCAUGAACAUUGGUCGGUUUUCGAGAUCCCUCCAGCGUGCCUUCAUCUGUUUCUGAACUAUUCUUCACCCGAGCGAUGUGAAUAUGUCCUCAAACGUGUACAUGCGAUGUACGAACCACUGCUAAUCCCCGUGAUUAAAGUCAUGGUGGAUUACUACCUCAAGAUCAAAGACGCGGAUCGCGCGAUGGACUUGAUCUCACGGUUAAGUACGGACCAGUUACAAUCGAGAACUGGCGAGGACUUUGAGCCUCGUUUUGUGUGGCUCAUCAGAAUGGACAGAGUCAGCCAUACCGAGACAGGAAUGAACUUUGAAUUCUUGUCGAAGCUGGUCAAGCUCGGGGUGACAAUUACCCCAUGGCUACACAACGAGGUCCUUGAGAGGGCAGUGGAACUUAGGCUGCCUGAUGUCUACUGGGAGAUGUUCCGAUACAUGUCAGACAACAACAUAGAGAUCGAUGCUCGGCGACAUCUUGUUCUCUUACGGCAUUGUUUCGACAACCGCGCAGUGGACGAUGUCAAUACUAUCAUGACUAGUAUCUACGAGCGGCCAGAUAUCAGGAAGAACCCCUUGUUGGUGGCAUAUUCGAUGAAGAUGGUUGGAGCUGUAUGCUCUUCCCACCUCAGGCUCUCCCCUGAGGGAUCAGUGCAACGGAUGCUCGCAAUCUACGACCAAGCAUUUGACCGAGGACCGCUGGUGAAAGUCAAGCUGGCAGAGCCGCUAUCGAAAGAAGAUUUGCCCGACGAGCUGCUACCUUUCCCAAGUGCCAUCCAAUUUGGAUUCAUCCUCUGGGCUUGCAUUCUCGUUCAGCGACGUGAUAAAGCUGUGGAUAAUAUAUGGAGGCUGUUCCUCCAUUUCGUUCACUCUGGGGAUCAUUAUUGGUGUGAGCUUGGUGCUCAUACGGUGUUGUAUGAUGCCUUCGUCAUCUACUACUCGCGAAAUCCAAUGACAAUUCACAAAGCGGAGAUGGUACUUGAGACACAAUACCAAAUGAAAUUGUGCAAGCCCAAGGAGAUCACCUACAAAUUGAUGGUCAGCGGAUACUUGCUGCAUGGUCAAGACGCACAGGCACAAGCACUGGGGCAAACCAUGAUGAAGAGGGGAGUGAAACCUACCUUGGAGGGAUGGGACUUCGUUCUAAAGAACUACGGCGAGAGUAGAUUUGUGGCCCGGUUGUUGGCAACAUUGGAAGGUAUCCCCGCGCCGGAAGGGUUUCAAGAGAAACAACAUGAGCAUCUGUCGGAUGAAUUCGCCAAAUGGGAACCUGGAGCGAUGCCCCAGACGCCAUAAUGAAGAAUCGAGCUUGUGGAGCGGAUGCACGCACAGAAUGCUGGUCAUGUAACAUCCUAUGUACAAUACUUAGACUUGUCUAACGAGUGAAAAUAUGUGUUAGGUUAGAGUACCUCAGAAUAGUACUCUUCUUUG